UCUAUUGCAAAUACAGUAUGCUGGGAUCGGUGGAUUCGACGACGAUUGCGUGCGCAGUGACGGCGUUUGUCGGUGGAUGGGUGGCGCAUAGCGUGCUGCAGCAUGUUCAAGCUCGAUCGCGUGCGAACAAGGCCAAGGAGGCCGAGAACGAGAAUGACGAUGAUGACGAUGACGAGUACGAGGACGACGACGAGGAGGACGACGACGAGGAAGACGACGAGCAGGUGGCGGCCACGAGCGCCGAGACAUUGCCGCCAUACAUCAACAGCGUCGGAUUGAUGGAAGAUACAAAGAUGGUGCUCGUCGUGCGAGCGGAUCUCGAGAUGGGCAAAGGCAAAGCUGCUGCACAGUGCUGUCAUGCGGCAAUCGCCGCUCUGGAGCUGGCAACCCAUCACGCCCCGCGUGUCGUUCGCGCAUGGUCGCGCCAAGCACAUGCCAAGGUUGUUCUGAAAACGCCAGAUGAAGCUUCGCUGUUUGAACUCCAGAGGAAGGCGCGCCAAGCCGGUCUGGUGUCUUACAUUGUUCGCGACGCUGGACGUACGCAAAUUGCCGCAGGAUCACGAACUGUGCUUGCAGUGGGUCCUGGUCCGGUUGCUACCAUCGAUAAGGUGACGGGCGGUCUGAAGCUUUAUUGAACGGCGCCACAAGCCGGCUCGCAGAAAUUGUGAUGCUUUGCCAUGUUUUCGACCUGCAUGACUGUGUGCUUUCCAUUUAAUCAGAGGUUUUAUUGCUAGUGGAACAUGGCAGAAUCCUGUUUUUGACUCCUAAUGUAGUGCAAGGACG